CUCUCCGUGCCAGCCCCGCGUCCGGGGACGCUUGGCUGCGUGACGCCGAGGGCCUGCGACUCCACGCUCUUGUGCAAAACCUCCCCGCUCACUGGGUCUAUCCGAGGCCGAGCCGUGCUCUGGUCCCAGGGGCCCUGCAGCUGGUGUCCCACGAGCAAACACCACGGCCUCCGUGCUCCUCACUGGGCUUAAGCCUCGAACAACAGGGCUGAGGUUUGGAGGGAUUUUACAUCCGGGCUGUAGGGUUCCCUGGGCACUCGUGGGACCCUAGAGAGCGGGUCCCCUGCCUUCUCUGGGCGGUUAUGGUGGUUUCCCGAGCCUCGCUGCCACCUUUCCUCCUGUGCUGCUGCCAAUGAAGGCAGAGGCAGGACGGCUUCAGCGAGGAGAAAGCAGAGGGGCUGACACGGGGCACUUUGAAUCGUGGAAAGCUUGGGGUAGAGCCGCUUCUCUAGCAGCAAUUCUGCUGACCUGGCAGCACGGCCCAGCACCCUGCCCUGUGACCCCCGCGCGGGUCACGCUCGUGGGAAGUCGCUGGCUGGGCCGGGACUUGCCGGCAGACGGGCCCGUGGAGCAGAUGUGCCAGCCUUGCCCGCAGGCUGUGGCUGCUCCACCCGGCGCGGUGUUGCCUGCUCUUUUGCAACCCCGGGUUUCUGGCAAGUCGCUCAACCUGCCUCUCCUUUGCAGGGCAGGCUUAGCAGCUCCGUGGGGUGGCUGGCAAGCCCCGGGCAUUCCCCGCCUGCCUGCGGGCAGCGAUGACAGCCACCCGCCCAUCUCCCCAUUCGUUUGCUGUGCUCUGCGCAGGGUGGGGAGCUGGGUUUCUUCAAGGGAGGCGUGGAGCUGCCACGGCACAGGGCAGGGCACCCAGGAAAGCCCCAUGAUGUGCAGGACUGAAGCCGCAGCUGGGUGGAGACGGGGUGGGGCGGGGAAGUGCAUUCCCCAGCCAUGGGGGAAUCCCUCGGCACCAGCCUUGACCUUCGCCCUGGGAGCUUGCUCCUUGCUGCUGGCCAGGCCUAACUGCGGUGUCCCGUCAGGUCGGGAUUAGCAAUGCUUCCUGCUGGGAAGUUCCCUCCGCUGCUCCCCGCGUUGCUCCAUCGCCCUGGGAGCGGCGGCCGCAUCCUGCCGACAGGGCUGGGAAGUCUGCGCUCGGGUCCUGCACCCUCUGAGCGCUGCUGCGUGCCAGAGGAGGGGUCCGAGCUGCGUGUCGUCUUCCCCUGCCCUUCCUGGGGGGCUCGUAGCUGUUUGCGCGGGGCUGAGUGCAUGACCCGGGGGCUCGGGGUUCCCUUCCAGCCCCCCAACUCUGCCGCACCUCCGUGCAGAGCUGCCCAGGUGCAUCUGGGUGUCGGGUGGGAUUAGUCGCACCGAAGCACGUCCACGCUGCACGGGGGCCUCCCCUUGUCCCAGCCCCGUACCGCAAGGCUGGGCAAGGGGGACCCUCGGGGACUCCUCUGCUAGCGCCUGGCUGUGCUGCCAGCGGGCAUCUGAUUCGGCCUCCAGCUGCCUGGGAGGAGGCAGGUCCCGGCACCCGCCAACUCCCCAAUACAGUCAGGAUCAGCCCUGACAAACCUGCUUUUCUGCUGCCUCCCAGCCGGCUGCAUCCUGCCAGUCGGUCUCCAGCCGGAGCCGCGCACGGAGCUCGGGGCAGGUCCUCUCCUGGACAGGUAGGGCUGCCCGCGCUCGCUCGCUCCCCCAGCCCAAGGGGACGGACGGACAGAGGGCAGCGGGUCGCAUCAUCCCCCUGCUGCCCCGCACCUUUUGUCAGCCCAAGUGUCCCUAGGGUCCUGGACGGCUGGGGGUGCGGGGUGGCCCAGUGCCUUGCUAGUGUGUGGUGUGGCGCAGACGCAGAGCUGAGAGUGUCCGCGCGCCCGAGCAGAGGGACAUCCCCAGGAGACCGGCUUGUCCAGGGGAGCUCGGGGAGCUGAUGUCCCUGUCUGGCCCCUUGCUCCCAGCGGCCCCGGGGACCACCACAGCUGCGCAGCCAGCUCCCGAGCCUCGGGAGCCAAACCGAACGGUCCCUCCGGGAGCUCGGCGCAGGCGGGGGCCCCGGCAGGCAGCCGCUCCUGGAACGAGGAAGCUGCUGGGCGCCUGGGGAGGUGUCGGCCGAGGCGCACCUGGGCUCUUGCUCCUUCCUGCCCCGAAGAAACAGCCACGCAGGGAUGCUCCUGCUCUGCUGAGUCCCCGCGGGACCCCGGGGCUGUCCUGGGUGCUCCUGUUGCCAAGAGGCAACGAGAGGUGGGCUCGGCGAUGCAGGUGCCCCUUGGCCCUGAUGUGCCGGCAGGUGCCCCGGGCCCAGCUGGGCUGCAUGUGCCCGUGCACCGCCAGCCAGGGCCCCCGUGUACAAAGGUUUCUGAAUCAUCCAAUUUCCUGGUGGAGACUUCCCCCAUCUGCCCCUUCCACCUGCCUGGACUUUGUGCCCGAGGGAAAACAACCCUGGCACCAAGACCUGCCGUGGUCGGGCAUCUGCUCAGGAGCAGGCGUUGCUCCAGCUCCGGGGCGCGGGGCUGUUGGCAAGAGGGGAAGGCUCCGCUCUCCCAGGUGCUGGUCCCGUGGGUCACUCGAGGGGCUGCUCUGGUCCUGGCACUGCCGUAAGCGGCAGAGGACGGGCCUGGGAGCCUGGGCUUGUGGACGGCACGCUGGUUUCUUGCAGCAAUAAGGGGGCUCUUCUUCUGCAGCUUCUGGGGCUGCUCCCUCUGUCCUCUGCCCGCCAAACAUCCUCCAUCUCUCCUCUCCUCCCCGCACGCCCGGUGCUGCCAGGAGCCCGCCAUGGCAGCCGCGUGCCAGGCCGACACGGAGCUCCGGGACCUGGACGAGGAGCAGCUCUGGGAGAUGCUGGAGAGCCACCGCUACCGCAUCGUGCGCGGCGUCUGCCCCAGCCGCCUCACCCCCUACCUGCGCCAGGCCAAGGUGCUGGACCAGCUGGACGAGGAGGAGGUCCUGCACGGGCCCCAGUUCACCAACAGCGCCAUGAGAGCGGGCCACAUGCUGGACCUCCUGAAAACCCGUGGUAAGAACGGCGCCCUGGCCUUCCUGGAGAGCCUCAAGCUGCACAGCCCCGACACCUACACCCUCAUCACGGGGCUGGAGCCCUCCAUCAACCUCAACAACUUCAGUGGCCUGGUGGAGAGCUCGAAGCUGACAGAGUGCCUGGCGAAGGCGGUGAACGGGCUGCAGGAGGCAGUGACGCAGGAGAAGCAGCAGAAAGCCUCGCUGCUGCACCGCUGCCGCCAGCUGCAGGAGCGCCUGGCCCAGCUGGAGGCCGAGGGCCAGCACCUGCGGGGCCUCCAGGCCGAGCACGACCGCAUGAAGCGGGAGCUCAGCACCCACUUCCACGAGGUGCUCAAGCUGAAGGACGAGAUGUACAGCCUGUCCAUGCACUACACCAACGCCCUCAAGGACAAGGACCUGGCCAUCACGCGCUGCCGGGCGCUGCAGGAGGAGCUCUACCUGAUGAAGCAGGAGCUGCAGCGUGCCCGCGUGGAGUCGUACUGUGAGCGGGAGCGUUCCCGGCGGAGGAGCAGCGACCUGCAGCCGCCGGCCGACGAGGUGCUGGUCCUCAGGGAGGAGAACGAGAAGCUUCGGUCCAUGGUGGAGCUGGAGACGUUCAGCCUGGUGCAGAAGGACAUCCUGGAGCAGAACCUGGACGAGGCCCUGGAGGGCAAGCAGGAGCUCCUCGAUCGCAUCCACUCGCUGCGGGAGAGGGCUGCGAUCGCCGAGAGCCAGCGCAAGCAGUACUGGGAGGAGAAGGAGCACACCCUCUUCGAGUGCCAGAAGAUGCGGGUGGAUUGCGAGAUCUACAAGGAGAAGAUCAGUGCCUUCCAGGCCCAGGUGGCAGAGCUGCAGAAGGAGCGAGACCAGGCGUACAGCACGAGGGACGCCGUGCAGCUGGAGAUCUCCCAAAACCUGCUGGAGAAGGACGCGCUGCGCAGGAAGGUGUUCGAGCUGACGGACCAGAUCUGCGAGCUCAGGAAGCGGGCCAGGGAGCAGCAGGCAGAGCUGGGCUGCACAGUGCCCACGGUGCAGGAGGAAGCCCCCGCCAGCCUGGAGCCUGGGGAGCCGUGCCUCCGCAGGAAGCAGCGGCUGGUGCGUAUGCACGCCAUCUGCCCCAGGGAUGACAGCCGGAGCAGCUCCCUGAGCACGCUGGAGCUGUGGUCCGACCUGGGCGCCCGGUGGAGCGGCGAGGUGGCCGACAGCUUCCGGUCGUGCAGCCCCAUCCCGCCCUGCAAGCACUCCCUGCAGCGGAGAGCCACGCAGGACUACCUGGAGGGCUCCUUGUCCAGGAGCAGCUCCCUGGACUUCCUGGAGGUGGAUUUCAGCCUCUUCCCUGCUGAGAAGGCAGAGGACCCCCCGGUUGAACACGAGGCGGCUGAGCAGCACGCUGGUGGCUCCCCAUCACCCAGCCCAGGCCCCUCCAUCUCCGAGAGCAUGCCUAUGCGCCGGCGGCCCGCCCGGCGGAUCCUCAGCCGCAUCACCACCAUCGCCUUCCAGGGCACGGCUCUCCUGGACCAGAUCAGCGUCAUCGGGGGCAACCAGACGGGCAUCUUCAUCCACCGGGUCACCCCGGGCUCGGCUGCCGACGAGAUGUCCCUGUCCCCAGGCCACCAGAUCAUGGUGGUCGACUACGAAGUCAUGGACCCGGCGUUCAAGGCCAUUCUGGAGGAUGCCACGCUGGAGGAGGCGCUCUGGGUCCUGGGGAGGGUGAACGGUUUCUGCUGCCUGUCCGUCAGGAGCAACAUGGAAGGCUACAAGAAGCUGGUGAACGACCUGGAGGAGAAGGUGGUGACCUCGGGAGACUCCUUCUACAUCCGGGCCAACUUGGCGCUGGAGGGGAAGGCGACGGGGGAGCUGCAGGUGCAGUGCAAUGAGAUCCUGCACGUCACGGACACCAUGUUCCAGGGCAGGAGCCGGUGGGGCGCCAGCCGGGUCAACCCCUACAGCAUGAAGGACGGGGACGCCGGCACCAUCCCCAACUACUACCAGGCGCAGCAGCUGCUCAUCGCCCUGAUCCAGGACAUGACCCAGCCCAGCGUAGCGGCUCGGAAGCCACCCGGGGUGCAGGCCAAGCUGGUGCGGAUCGUCAGCACGGACAGGAGCAGGAUCAACCCUCUCUGGUCAUCCAUCGACUGUGGCACCGACGACCCCAGCAAGCCGGACGCCAGCCCCAGGAUGUGCCCCAAGGGAGGCAGCUGCUUCACGCUGAUGCCCUACACGCUGGUGAGGCCCCACAAGCCGGCGCGGCUGCGCCCCGUCCUCUGCGUGCCCACGCUGCUGGGCCAGGCCCUGAGCGACAAGCUGUGCCUCACUAAGACCUUCGAGAAGUGCCCCUCAGACGUCCUGAGUGAGGCCGAAUGCCCGGCCACCCACAGAGGCAUCGUCCAGGGGAAGAGGGCACCGAAUGGCCGCUGCGGUAUCACGCGCCAGGCCCUCCAGGUGCUGACGGAGAAGAACGUGCACGGCCUGCUGGACGUGGGGCCGGAGAGCGUGCGGGCCCUGCACGCCAUGGACACGUACCCCAUCAUCCUCCUCGUCACCCUCAGCGAGAAGAACGCCAAGAAGCUACGGAAGGCCUUGCAGCGCCACGGGGCGACGGAGGAGCAGCUGCUGGAGGGCGCGCGGAGCCAGGAGGCCCAGCUGGAGAAGGCGCCCUGCCUCCACGGCACCAUCACCCCCGACAGCUGGAGCGACGUGGAUGGCUUGGUCGGCUGCCUGUGCGCAGCGGUCGCCGACGAGCAGAAGAAGGUGGUGUGGAUAGAGCAAGACCUGCGCUGACCCGGGGAGGCAGCCGCAAACCAGGGGCUGGGAGGGGGUUUCCUGGGGGCUUCUGGAGGCUUGUUUCAGAGGAGGGUGAAGGACCUGUUCGCUAAAGGGUUAAAGGGUGUCGUGUCUGCACCCCCCAUGCUCGUGCCGGGUGACCCCUCGCCUGGCUGCUCUCUGCUCCCCGUGGCAGGGAGCCCCCGUAACUCUAUGUAGAGUGUUUCUGACUUCAGCUCCGCUCCCCUUUCAUAUGGGGGUGGGCGCCUCGGCAGCGGUGCCCGGGUGCCAGGGCAGCACCUGGCAUGAGCAGGGCUGCCCUGACUGACGUGGUGCUAGGUCUGGACCUGGCCGGCCCCGGUGCGGCCGGGCUGUCCCCUCCCAUGGCUGGGGUCUCACUGUACUGGGUAUCCCAGGCUCCUCUGAUCCCUGCAGGCGGGGCCCGUGCAUGUCGGAGGCUGCAAGUUCUGUUUGUUCGCUGCAUUAAACCUCGUUACUGACUGUU